UUUUGAGGGGGGCAUGCCUAUUUCUGGCACAUUGACUAAAUGCAAAUUAUGCUUGAUUGGUUGACAUUUUAAUAAAGUGACUACAUAAAAAGGAUAAUCUUUAUGAUCAUUUGACCCACAUUUAUUUAAAAUUAAAAUUAUACUUUAGUUUUCUUUAAGCACUGACUUUUAAACAUUUGCAUUCAUCGUUCAAAUACACAUAAAAUGUUAGAAAACUGAACGGAUGCGUUUUUAAUGCGGUUUCAGCGUUUCCUUGAGUCACCCGGAGCGUGUUUGUUGGUAAAUGUGGGGAUUUACACCGAAACGGAAGUGGGCAGAAGUGAAUAAUCUCAUCGGACCACACCCACUGAGCAUGCUCAAACCGCGUCCGAAACACCUUUGCUGUGGGGAGAGAACAUUUGAAUUAAUUUAUAAAAACAAAACAAGCAAACAAAAAGUACUUGACAUGAUUAAAAACAUUUAAUCUCUUCCCAACAUAUGUCUAUACAGUCGUAACUUUUUGUUUUAAUUUAUCUGGUAAUUAUAGUCAGGCUUAUCACGCGCUACCUAAAGGGGUCCUUCUCUCCUCAUGUUUGCUGUUAUGAUCUUCUUAACCUCGUACGAAAAUAUUUAACUGACUAAAGUAACGCAACAAGUGAAAAAAAGCAAAAAUGUGGACGUUAAUGACACAUUUAGUAACUUGAAGUUGCUGCUCAUUCUUGUCUGACAAGUUCAGAAGAUGUCGUUUCCGGAACUGUCGUUUGAACGUUAUAAAACAUGAACUCCGAAGUGUGUCCGUUCUGUGGUAAAUCAUACAAAAGGCUAAAGAGUCACCUGCCUCACUGCAAGGCAUCGAAACCUUUGAAAACACCUCCAGCCAACCAGGAUGUCACAGAAAAUCCGGCGUCAGACUCUCGGCUGGCCUCAGCUCUGUCCAGAUCCACUCCAAAGGGCAGAACGCCGACGCAGACGCCAUCAGUGGCCACACAUCUGCAGUCAGAGAAGGUUAAAGAAGUCUCCUCAGCUGAUGUGUUCUCUUCAUCCUCACAAGUAUCUUUGAGUUCAUCUCCACCUCAAAUGAAGAAACCAGUUGAUCACAUCAAGUCCUCAGCUCCACCUCAAUCUUCCACAGCCUCAAAGCCCAAGAAGAAGAGUCUGAGAGAGUUAAUAGAAGCUGCAAAGGUGGAGCAUUUUACAAAGGGAUUACAAGAAGAAACUAAAUCUCCCUCCAAAAAGUCGAGUGUCGCCACAAAGACCAAAAGUAUCAAAGCUGAAGACUCAAUGAAAGGUGUGAGUGUUGCACUGGAGUCUGCGGAGCGUAAACCUAAAAGUGUCUCCAAAAAGAAGAAGUCUGCGGCGCACAAAGCUGACAUUCCGAACGUAUAUAUGAAGGGAAACCGCGUGGAAAGCAAAGCAAGAGACAAGUUCUGGAUGGACGGUGAUGGGGAAAUGGAGGAUGUGAGCGAGAUGCUCCUGAAACCAAGAAAAGGUCACCAGGUGAAAGUUACCCUGCAGGACGUGAAAGCCACAUUAGGCAGAGGUAAUUCCCGCCGGGAGCUCAGCAAGAUUUUGAGCAACACUGAUGAUGUUGAUAAUCAAAGGAGCGACAAAAGACUUCUCAAUCUGCAGAAUCAGGAAGAUGUCGAGAGCUUGACGAGAGUCAAGCCGCUCAACUUGGGUCUAACAGAGUCCAAACAAACGGCUCUGAAAGAGACUCCUCAGCAGUUACACACCUUCCUCGCUACGCAGCAAGCUCCGCCCUCUCUACUGAUAUCCAGCUUGAACGAGGCUCAGAGGGUCCAUCACCUACCAGACCUGCUCUCGACUUCCCCGACUCUUCACCCCUUUUCCAGCCCUCUUCUUUACCCCCCUGCAGCACGGUCUGUGUGUGGGAGGGUGGAGGAGUUGCAGCUGAAAGUCUGGAAGGAAGAAGCAGCUGAGAAGCUAACGGAGGGAGCCGUGACUCAGAGGACGCUUGGACAGGUGAGACUCCGAGAACUGCCCGAGUGGCUGGCCAGCAGAACACCCACUCACCCGAGAGGUGUCAUAGACAUGGUGCAAAAAGGCUGGCAGUGGUACUACGGCAAAUACAUUGACGUGAAGAAGGGUGGAGUAGCUGGCGUAGGCAUGUUGCUGGUGGGAUACUGUGUUCUCAGCUACAUCUGGAGCUACCCUCACACAAAACUCAGUCGAUGGAGGAAAUACCACUGAAGGAGAUGUUUGACAUCCAUUCAACAUGCUGUGAAGUUAUGUUUAUGGAUUUUUCUUUGGCAUGUAUUUAUAUUUAGAAAAAGCAUUAUUUAUGUAACUUGUAAACAAUCAGUUUGAUAAAUAAACUUAUAUUUGAAGUUUAAAAA